CUGUGGGAAUCGAAAAAUAAUAUUCUCAAUGUGAUUAAAGGAGUAUUUGGAGAUAUUAGCGGUAACCCACCAAUUGUCACUUCUAUAGAUGCCAGUGAAAAGAAAAAUAAAAACGAUAAAGUGUAA